UGUAUGACUUCUAAGAAAUUCUUUUUGCCUGUUUUGUUAUUUAGAUGCCAAGAAAAACUGGAUUAUUUGUAGAAUAAAUUUUUAGUGUCAAAAAUGCAAGCAAACAUUGAUUUAAAAAUGGAACUUUAUGUUUCACAGACAAACUACAUGUAAAAAAAUACCGCAUAGCUACUGACACUUUUAUACUGUGGCAUUCAAGUGAAUUUUUUUUUUCAUGCCUAGAUAUUCCUGUGGUUGUAUAUUUUUUCUCCAACGUUCAGCAGAGGUUCUGUUUAAUGAAAGAAAAAUAUAAAACUGCUUUGAGAGGAUAUUAUAUGGGGUGUGAUGUGUAAUCUUGGAAUCUAAUUAAAAGCUUGGGAUCAUUUUUAUUUUAGGCUAGUUAGACGAUUCCUUACAGGCACUGUUUAGAAUAUUAAUUCUUCUAAUAUCAUAGAAAGGACAAUACAUAAAAUCUACAAAAUUAAAUUAUAGCGACAGAAAUAGUAAGUCAGAAGAAAAUGGUAGGUUAAAAGUGUACAUUUGCAAGACUCUUAGCAGUGGGAGAGAGAGAGAGAGAGAGAGAGAAUAAGAAUAUUGGUGGCAGCAAAUUUGAGAGGCAAACCUUGACUUCCAACUCAAACCUUUCAAAGAGUCCCGAUGGUUUGUGUCUAUGAGUCUGAGUUGCUGAAUUGUGGAGAAGCGUCUCCCUUGGCAAGUGUUAACCUCAUCUCCUCGUCCAGCAGUGGAGUACAGAGGAGAGAAAGCCUGAGACUGAGAAUCACUGCAGCCCAUUGCAUGCCUCACUAUGGCAAGGGCCACUGUCCCCCCUGUAAGUUUAGGAGCUCGUGGGAACCGGUGCUCUUACGUCAUCCACUCAAAGGAGCACAUCACCAUUCACUAUUGUCUCUGACCUUAUAUGUUCUACUUCAGCUGUAUGAUCUUACUCUUAAUGAAUUAUUAGCAUGCAGUUCAGCUCCUAAGUAUUCUAUAUGAGCAACUACAUUAACAUCCAACUUUAAAAGGAUUUAAGAUAGUAAAAUAUAAACAGACAUAAAUGGAAAUAUUUUCAUCACAUUAACAAAAACAUAGUGAUAAAAGUCCAGCAGGCAGCAUAUUUUCACAGAAAACAAGUUUUAUCAAGAAGUUGCUGUCUCUUUUUGUGUUGCUUUUUGUUUGUUUGGGUUUUUUUAAGGAUUGCAUUGGCCGAAAUGCAUAUAUUCUGUGGAAAAAAAAACAGGGCAUGCAGCAAAUGCAUUAAACUGGCUCACUGAGAGAUUUCAAAACAUAGUUGUGAUGAUAGAGAUAUCAGCAACUAGAGUGACUCUAAUGGGACUCCCAAGGACUCCUGGUGAAAGAUUAUUUAGCAGUAUUAUUGAUUAAUCAGACAAUGAAAAUCAUGUAAAGCUUGCCAUUAACAGACAGAUUAAUAAAGGACAGCAUUACCUUCCUGUUGUAGAUUGAUUUGAUUUGCCUUGCAGUCAAACAAAAUAAUUUAACGGUAUCUAACUGCACCAUAAUACAUCUGGGGGGAAAAAAAAAAAAAAAAAAAGGCUAUAUGCCCGUGUUAAAAUUGCCUCAGAAAGCAGUAAUCACAGAACAUACCAAAACCUGUCUGAAUACGAGACCUUAGUGAAAUGAUAUGGCAAAAGGCAUUAGCAUGAUCUUUCAGGGGUCUGUAAAGAGCAAUACAAAGUAGAAGGUAGGAAGUUGCCUCACCUCUAUACAUCUACUACUAUAACACUAAUUUGGUAUAAUUUGCUUCCUAAUUUGGUGUGUCUGCUGACAACACCAAAAUACUGGAAAGUGUUCAAAAGAGUGUCACAGAAAGUGAUCUAGAUGCUGAAAAGUUAACAUUAUGAUAGGUGUCUUACGGGGCUUAGGAUAUCCAGUUUGUUGAAGAGAAUUUUCACAGCUGAUAUAAUUAGUGCAUCCCGGUACCUGCAAAUGGAAAAGAUAUACAAGAGUAGGUGCUAGUCAAUCUCAGUGAAAAGAUGUAGUAAGAUCUAGUGACCGGAAUUUCAAUUUAGGCAAACUGAAAAGAGAUACCAUUUUUUAGUUGCAAAUAAGUCACACUGUUGGCUGAUCUCAUCACGAGUCAUCAAAUGACAUAUAAUGUUAAAGCCUUGAAAUCUGUGAAUGCAUCAGUUCCUCAAUUCUUCACUUUCUUUUGUGGGAUAUGAUAAAGUUUCCUGAAUUGCUUUCAAUAUACUUGUAAGACAUCGUGGAACAGUUUAGCCUCACUGAAUUGUUGGGUUUUCACAAAGAAAUAUCUACACAUCAUCAGUAUGACAGACAGGUCGUAUUAUAUGUUCUAACCUUACAUUUCACAAAAGCAUUGCCCAAUAUGUGGAUUUUAAAGAACAGAAAAUUUAAAAACGAAAAUUAUUUACAGCAGUCACUAAUUUACUGCCUGAAUUAGGGCUCAUAGGAUAGGAUGUAGUUCCUCUAAUCUUAUACAGGUGUGGACACAGGCUCCUAUUCCAGUCAACAGAGGGAACUGAGGGAGCGGUUCACCUGGGCUAUUUGACAGCCUUCUGAAUGUGAACCAUACCAUACAGAUGUUUACAAUAUAGGUAUUAGGUGAGAUGAAUACCAGCCAUGUACCUCAUGUAUCCCAUGAUGAAACCUGGGAAGUACAAUAAGCAACAUUUCUGACAUAAUUCCUUUAGUAUUAGGCAGGAAACAAAUUUCUCUUAUAGUUAAUGGGAGGGCUCUAAUUCAAGGCCUUUUGACACACACAAGCCCUGGCAUCAGACAGACUCUCAGACUAGCAGCUGGGGUUAGCAUUAACCAAAGAAAUGCAUAAAUUUCAGAAUAAAAACCAUGUGUGAAAUUUAACUCUUCUUUUGGGGUGUACCUGCAAAACGUGCUAAUCCAAAAGGCAUUUAUUUAGGUACAGGCAACACCAAUUGACUCUAGAGUUAAGAUGUAGCCUGGGAAAGCAUGGGACAGGGAUAAAGAAAUCUCAGUUGUGCAAGGCUGUUUUCAGCAACCUGAACUCGGCAAUGCCCGAGGGCUACUUGAGCAGCAGUAGUGCUGGGGGGGGGCACUGAGAGCCAGCCACCCCAGCCAACGAGAUGUGCUUUCCUAUGGGAAAAGAGGCAAGGAUUUUAACGAAGGCGACAUCUUUUAUCAGUCUAACUUAAAAAAAAAAUCCCCCCAAAACCAGAACAUCUUCAGAUCUUAAGACUACGGUUUCUACAAUUACGCUAAAACCUAACAUCUUCUGUUUCAUAUAAUGCAUGGACGCUGGCCCACCAUGUGCCUCGGUGAUGGGCGGACCUGGCGUGAUUGCACCUUGGUCAAAAAAAAAAAAAAAAAAAAUGGGUACUACCCGCAGGAACGGCAGCUGCCUUCAGCGAUAGCCUGAGGAGGGCCCAGGAAGGGUCACACGCAGUUCUGUUUUCCACGGAAGGUGAGACGAGGCAGAAAAGCCGCCGGGAUUUGAAGCAGGGAUGAAUGCGCCUUGGGGGCCGGGAUGCUCAGCCUUGCCCGGACCUUCCCUCAGGAACCCAGACGACAACCUCCCCCAACCAGGCAGGCGGAUGCCCCCCCAACACCGGCUCAGGCAACGGCCCCGCAGCCGAACCCCACGGGAGGGACCCUCCGCAGCCGAACCCCACGGGAGGGACCCUCCGCAGCCGAACCCCACGGGAGGGACCCUCCGCGCCUCCCCGCCGCCUCAGCCGGGGCCGGGGCCGCCUCCGGCGGGGCGGGGGCGGGGGCAGCGGCAGCGGGCGGGCGCCUCCCCGAGCGGCGCCCCCGGUCCUGACGGCGUUUCCGGGCGGGGGAGCCGGGAUGUGCGUCCGGGUUGGGUCGGCCCCAGCGAGCGUUUUCCUCUCGCCUUCCCUCCUUCUCCCCUUCCCUGCCUCCUUCCCUCCCGAGCCGCCGCCGCCGCCGCCGCCGCGCCCUCUGAGGGAGCGCCACCCGCCCCGCGCCUGCAAGGGCACUUUUAUGAACAUAGCUACUUACUUUGUUUACAGAUCGAUACUUUCCUGAAUAAGCUAGAGAGUCACUUGGGCUGCAAAGAUGUUGGAAGAAGAUAUGGAGGUGGCCAUCAAGGUGGUGGUAGUAGGAAAUGGAGCUGUUGGAAAAUCUAGUAUGAUUCAGCGAUAUUGCAAGGGGAUUUUUACAAAAGACUACAAGAAAACCAUUGGUGUAGAUUUCCUGGAAAGACAAAUCCAGGUUAAUGAUGAAGAUGUCAGGCUAAUGUUAUGGGACACUGCGGGUCAAGAAGAAUUUGAUGCAAUAACUAAGGCCUACUAUAGAGGAGCCCAGGCUUGUGUUCUUGUGUUUUCUACAACUGACAGAGAGUCCUUCAAAGCAAUCCCUAUCUGGAAGGAAAAAGUUGUGACCGAAGUUGGAGACAUUCCCACAGUUCUUGUGCAGAAUAAGAUCGAUCUUCUUGAUGACUCUUGCAUAAAGAAUGAAGAGGCAGAAGCGCUGGCAAAAAAGCUAAAAUUAAGGUUCUACCGAGCAUCUGUGAAGGAAGACCUAAACGUAACUGAAGUUUUUAAGUAUUUGGCUGAUAAAUAUCUUCAAAGGCUCAAGCAACAAACAGCUGAGGAUCCAGAACUAGUACAUGCAAGCAGUAACAAGAUUGGUGUCUUUAAUACAGCUGGUGGAAGUCACUCCAACCAAAAUUCUAGCACUCUCAAUGGUGGAGAUGUCAUCAACCUUAGGCCAAACAAACAGAGGACCAAGAAAAGCAGAAGUCCUUUUAGCAACUGCAGCAUACCUUAGAGCACUUUUGGAGGAAAAAAAGCAACCCAGUGAAUUGGAUGAAGUUGUGCAAUUGAAUACAGAAUAAAGCCAGCUGUAGAGGUAUUUUCACCAGUGCUUUAGCAAAUCUUGUGCCUAUGGGAUCCUUGAGAGAGCGUGGAUUUAUCUAAAUUUGCUGAUGCAGUGGUUUUUGGUGUGCAGAGUGAGACACCUGGUGUCAAAACACAGAACCGUGGCUGCCCCGUGCACUUUGUAAAAAUUAGGCAAGCUUCUUCUUUCUCAAGGAAUUAUUCAGAGCUAUGAACUAGGUAUUACUGAAUUGCAAAGCACAUUUAAUGUAAGGAUAAUACUUACAAGUGUAGGUACAGACCAUAACACUAUGGCCCAAGGUAAAGUAGCAACCUUGCAACUAAAUUUCAAAGAAAAUGUUAGAAUUGGUUAGUCAGGACACUAAGAAGAUAAAUGAAGAUCAAAAAGAGGACACUACAUUUUAUGCCUGAGUAUAUUAAUACAGAUUCUGGAAGUUCUGUUCGUGCAAUAUACUUGUAUUAUAUAUAUGAGUGCUAAGAUAUGUAUGUAAACAUUUGGUAUGAAUAUUUAGGCUAAAUUCCAGUGUACACAUUACUUGGAGAUCAGCUAAUGAUCAUGAAAUAGCAUCUUCCAAAAAAAAAUGUCCUUUAAAAAAUGCUGCAUUUCAGAUGAGGCUUUCCCAGCUGCCAGUGUGUACAUUUAACUUGCUAUACUUUGGGCCUAAAAGCUUAGAUUUACAAAUGUAUGGUGCCAAAAAUGCUCCUGUUUUGUUUGUUUGUUUUUUUGUUUUUUGUUUUUUUUUUUACCUAAUGCUGUGCUACAGAUGUUUUUAUAAGUUUGUUUUUCCCAGUCUUAACAGAUUGAACAAAUAACAGUCCUUGACACUAAUAGCUAUCCAGAAGGAACAUACAGUCAUAUUCCUGUUCAGAUUUGCUUGUUGCAUCCUGUGUUGUCUAUGAGAAAGGAACUUGCAAAGUGAUGUCACAAAAUAUUUAUCUUCUUUGGAAAAUUUUUUCACAGAUACCAUAAACUUAAGUUUGGAGGAUCCAAAAAACCACAGCUGAUGACUGAAUUACAUGAAUGAGACUUUCCUGAACGUUGUCUCAGAUUCAGAGUUAGCUGCUGGUUACAGAAAAUCUAAUUCUGGAAGAUCAGAGACAUGGCAAAAAUUUUUCCAAAUGCUUAAGUAAUUUUACAGAAUUGAUUUAGAUGUGUAGGAGCCCAAAUCUAAAUUAAAGUUGCUUGGACCUAGGCUCCUAAAUCACUAAGGUGCUUUUAAAAAUGCUAAGCAAGAGAUCUUCUAUUUACCAAAAAUAAACACUUUUUAAUCCUUUUCAAGAGCAUGCAUGCCUUUUAAAUAAUAUCCAUUUUGUUUACAUGUUUUUGUAUGGUAUAAUAUAAUUUUAACUUUCUAGGAUUUCUACAACAAACCUGCCAGUGACAAAUGCAAAAUAUGCUGCUUGAAAAAUAUGCAGAUUUUUAAUAGUUUUUUAAAUGGUGUAUGAGAAUGAAAAUGAAUCGAGUGAUCCUGUAUAUUUCUGGAGGAGGGACUUUUCACUGUGUGAAUUCAUGUAGGAAGCUUGACUUACAUUGUUCCUAAGUCAAUGAGUAUGAAAACUGAAAUGUAUUCUUUUUCCCACUGUCUGCAGGGAGAGAAGUGGGUGGCAAGUUAUGCACAAACACUAAAGAUCUCUGAACUCUGUAUUUUAUGUUUACUAUAUUAGACUUCCUUCCAAGUACCGUUCUUUUUUGACAAGCUGUUAGAGCAUCUCCUGUUGCUGGCCAGAAGCAGCCUUCAAGGCUCUCGAUGCCCUUUGCGAUCGCAGCAAAACUCUGUGUUCUUCAUCGUAAUGUUUCCUGUAUUUUCUCUUGGAUAAAGGCCUUUAUUUUUUAACAAGUGCAUUUAAUCGCCGUAUGUAUGUAUAAAUGAAGUCUUAUUUGUCUUAGCAAUUUAAGAAGUCAGGUACCUACGAUAAGACUUACGGUUGUACAUUAUGGGGCCAACUUACACCUUCAGGAUGUAGGACAGAGUGUAUGAAUGAAGAAUAUUGACAACUGUUUUUAAUAUGGACGCUUUUACAUUUCAUUGUCUGCCAGUUUCACGGGAUUUACUCAUUUUUCUUGAAAGACAACAAAACCACAAGGUGUCUGAAACAUCUUUUUGGCCUUGUUUGACUUUGUACAGAGUUCUGAAAAAUAAGUCUAUUAUGUAUAAUGACCAUUUGUGCUAUUACAUGUUAUACUGUAGACAUUGUACUGUUACAUAAGCCAUUUGUAUUUAAGGUCUGUCAUUAUAAACCACUGUUUUAAGGACUGAAAACUCAGUAGAAAUUUUCAUAGGUGGAGACUUGACAGACUUGCUAAAUUUAGGAUAUGUUGAAAUUUAGUACACCUACUUUAAAGUAGGAAUAUAUAUUUGCAGCAUUGAGUAACAGUGAGUUUUCAUUUCAUUCCCAUCUUAAAUCUGAAGUGGCUCGCUCUUUGUUGUGCCUUUGCAGUGCUUGUUCUCCAAUCGGACUGAGAUGGAGACUGCCCAAAUUAGCAUUUUUCUGGAGAGUGCUCUGCAUGUAUGCUGCUUGAAAAUUUAUUUUUUACCCUCCUGGGGUUAGUGUGUAGAUGUAAACCAGAUGACUUGCAUAUUGCAGGAAUCCUUAGGUAUUCACGUCACUCUUCAGUGGCAGUAACUUCUGCCUUUUGGGCGAAGAGACAUGCCUAAAUGUUUAGCACUUGCGUUGUCCCUUGUGAAUAAUUUUUAUUCCAGACAUUGCCCCCUUCUCCACUCAAAGCAUUCUCAGUAGAGUAUCAUACGGUUUAGCUACCAGAACCUACUGGUGCAGAGCUGGUAAUAAAAAUGCCCUUCUCUCUGCAUCUCUGGGACCGCGCGGUGGGAGAGGAUGUAGCGCUCUGUUACACCCGUGGCAGACUGGUGUCCUGGAGCAGGAGCAACAGGUACUCCUGCCACAAGACACAAAGUUCUGUUCUGUGAGACUAAGCUAACUGCACUCCUGUUUUAUCUGUUAAUAUCUCUUGAAUAGCUCACUGACUGUAUUAUCUGAAUCUUGCCAAAAUUCUUUUGCUUUCGGCCGAUUAUGCUGCCACUAGCAGAAAACCUCAGUGGUUGUUAAUGUCUUAGUGAAAUGAGCAUUCACUAAAGAGUAUGACACUAAAGCAUCUGUCACUCCCGUGUUGUAUCCAUUCAGUGAAUGGGUGUUCUCCCAGGAAGCGGGGCAUCACUUGAUGCAAAGCGGUAAUGCUAGGGAUGUAUUUCCAGCUGGAAAUAACAAAUCUCAAAGUUGUAAGACUGAGCACACUAAGAUUUUUGUGCCUGUGUGUGUGUGGGUAAUUAAAAAAAAAAAAAAAAUUAAAUAUUCCACUUAAGACAAUUUUGGAGCUUUCUUAUUUUCAGUGUUUCUUAAGGCAAUGCUUACCUUUUUUAGUCAAAAUGCCUGAGUUACCAUACUGUCAGUCAGAUUUCCUGUUUAAUUUUUUUAUGCGUCAGUAAAAUCUGUCAGCUUUUUAUUUUUUUUCCCCUCCAUUAUUGGGCUACAGCAUAUCCGACAUGUAGCCUUCCUCUGCAUCAGUUCUGUAGCUGUACAUUACACUAAAGGGAACUGGGAGGCUGAACACCUUGUGCUGCCUGGAGGUGAUGCUGGGUACGUGCAGAAUCCUCAGUGAACGCGCACUUUGAACCUGUUAAUUCAACUAUCUAAGUUGAUAGCUGCCAGCUAAUAACAGAAUUAAUGAUUUGCACUGCAGAACCCCCUUGUGGGAAGUCAGUCGUACAGCAGACUAACAAGCACGCUUCUUGGAUUUCGGUGAUGGUACCUGGGCCCCUGCUGCUUUUCUCAAUGUAAUCGUAGACCUUUGGCUGAAGUUGCAGUACCUGAACACUAAUUGUACAUAAACCAGAGGGCAGGCAUGGUCCAACAAACAGGCUCGAUUUCAUCACCUUACUGUCUGUCUGUAGGAAGCAACAGUUGUGUAUAUCUUCUUUUUAAUGCUCAGAUAGUAUUGACAGAAGAAAAUACUUCUGUUAAAUACGGCAUCCAAACAGGUAAUCAAAAUUGUAGAAGCAAAGAAUGUAGCAAUGCUUGGAUUUAAGGUGAAAGGCGCUACAAGAGAACAAAAGAAACUUCCAAAUAGUUCCGUGUCGAAGAAGCGCUCUAUAGGAGUCAUCUAUCUCAAAGCCAGGUGAGCCCUAGUACUGAACUAGACUCAUUCUCAGGUUUCUAAUAGUAGGGUAAUACUGAUUAAUAAUUUGUGGAGUGAGUGUUCUGUUACCAAGGUAAAUGUGGUUCAGCAGAACCGACUGAAGUUGGUCAAAAAAAAGGUAAAAAUUAAUCUGGACCAGGAGAAACACGCUCUCAUUGUGAGCAUUGUUACUGAUGAAAGACUUACUUCUUAUUUGCAAGUUCACAUGAAUCUGAAUGGUUAAAACAGAUAAUGUACGUAACUGUUUUUAUCACCAUCACGAACUCAAGUAAAUGUAAUAUAUUUUUAGGAAAAAAGUCAACAUAACUUACCAUAAAUCCUUAAGAGGAAAAAUAAAUGUUUAGAGCUAAAUAUUCUGUGUGUGCUGUUCCCGUAAAGUCCCUAUGAGUUAAUUCUGCUGUUCUCUUGUAAAUGACAUUAGUUAUAUCAUGCAGCUUAAACACGUCUAUUUGAUUACUGUUUGGUCUGAGACAAGUCACUACUUUUGUGAUUAUAUUAAAUUGUCAGUGUAUUAAAUUUCAAAAAAGAGCUGUCACCCUGUAGCUGUGCAACCUGAAUCUGCUUGAGAAACUUGUACGCCUGACUCUAGCCCAUGUGUUGUGACCGGUUGGGACCCAAGGCAGCAUGUUGGACACUCUCAAAGGACCCAGCGUGGGCACCCGGAUCUAACAGAAAUGCUGUUUCUGAGCUCUUGCCUCUGAGUCUUCACCACACAGUUCAGAUACAAAGUAUGCAUUCUCUUUUUCGUCAUUUUAAUUUUCAUGAUUAGUCUGGAUAAUACAGUGACGAGGUUUAAGUGAAUGGUUGUGGACCAUUGUUGGAAUUGGCAUUAAAAUAUUACUAAUGUA